GGUCUUUCCAGCCCUUGGCCAGUGGGGCAGCCUGACUAACCAGCUCCUCCAGGCCCACGGUGUGUGUGGGGAGGGGUGCGGCCCGAGGUGGCCAGACCAGCCCCAGGCUGUGGGUGUGGAAGCAGGCCGGUGGCUGCGCUGUAGGUCAUUAUGGGGCUCCCUUCCAGGCAGCCUCGCCUCUGGCUGCUGCUCUUGGUGGUGCUGGGCUGGCCCCAGCCCUGCCUCAGCCUGGAGCUCAUCCCCUACACGCCGCGGAUAACCUCCUGGGACCUGGAAGGGAAGGUCACGGCCACCACGUUCUCCCUGGAGCAGCCACGCUGUGUCCUGGACGGGCACUCCAGCGCUGCCGACACUGUCUGGCUGGUGGUGGCCUUCAGCAACGCCUCUAGGGUCUUCCAGAACCCCCAGACACUGGCUGAGAUCCCAGCCUCCCCACGGCUGCUGACCGAUGGCCACUACAUGACACUGCCCCUGACCAUGGACCAGCUGCCCUGUGAGGACCCUGCGGACCGCAGUGGGCGCGCCCCUGUGCUUAGGGUGGGCAAUGACGCUGGCUGCCUUGCUGACCUCCAUCAGCCUCGCUACUGCAACGCCCCCCUCCCGGGCCCGGGGCCUUACAGGGUGAAGUUCCUGCUGAUGAACUCCAGGGGCUCACCCCAGGCCGAGACGAGGUGGUCCGACCCCAUCGCUCUCCACCAAGGAAAGUCCCCAGGCUCCAUCGACACGUGGCCCGGGCGGCGGAGUGGAGACAUGAUCGUCAUCACCUCCAUCCUGUCUUCUCUGGCCGGCCUUCUGCUUCUGGCCUUCCUGGCAGCCUCCAGCACGCGCUUCUCCAGCCUGUGGUGGCCGGAGGAGGCCCCGGAGCAGCUGCGGAUUGGCUCCUUCAUGGGAAAGCGCUACAUGACCCACCACAUCCCGCCCAGCGAGGCAGCCACCCUGCCGGUGGGCUGCGAGCCUGGCCUGGAACACUUCCCCAGCCUCAGCCCCUAGCUUGGCCCACCUGGCUGGGGCUGGGGCAGUGGGGGCCUGGGGGGUAAGUGCACAGUGCACGUGUGUGUGUGUGGGUGUGUCCCGCAUCGCACCUCCCGCCCUGCCUGAAAUCCCACCGCUAGCAGCCCUGCCUUGGCCUUUCUCAUUUCCCCCGUCUCCAGGCAGUUGGGGGAGGGCCUCAGUCAGGCCAGGCAUCCAGCCCCCAAUGCCAUCUGCCUCUGAUCUGCCUGCCUCAAGCGAGGCUGGAGGUAAUGUAGACACACUGCCCGAAAGGAGGCUUCCAGGCCCCAGGAGGAGGCCUGCAGCAGGCUGGGCUGGGCCGGGUCAUCUUGGGGUACAUAAGGCCCCUGGCUGUCCCUCUGUCUGUCCCUCACUGGCAGCCGGAGCUGCAGUGAGGCCUUCAAAGGUGCCACCAUCUUCCCUGGACGUGGGUACUUUCUGAGGGUGGCCCUCACUGGCUGGAAGGUCAGACCGUGUAGAUCUCUGUGACGAUCCGGCUACCACAUCUAACCUCCUUGCACAUGCAGAUGGCACACACACUCAUGCACUCACUCCCAUUCCAUAAGCAUUUAUUGAGCGCCUGCUGCAUGCCACACACACAGUGUUAGGCAUGGGCCCUCACGCAGGGCUCGCUGCUGUUCUUGGGGCGCUCACUCACUGCUCUGGGCCUCAGAUGACCACGUGUCCUGAUGCGACGUGUUACUGUUGGGGCUAUCACCCCCUCGGACUGUCACGCACCCUCGAGCUCACACUCCUGAGACGAUCUGCCCCCGAUGGACUCUCCUGUCCAGUAGCCAGCGCCCGCAUCACCCAGCAGGAGCCACUUGACUCUCCAGCGUCCGUCUCCCUGCAAGACCGGUGAUUCCCACCGUGGACACAAGGGGGCGCCGUGGCGCCGCGGUUGCCGAGUCCAGUGCAUGCGCACGUCUGUGCACAGCUAAGCGUCCCGCCGCUGACCUGACGUCUCACAGCGGCCGCCGCGCCGCUGGGUCUCUGGAGGGCACGGCUCCAGUUUCCACCUCGGCCAAGCCAGAGGAUGAGCAGUCACACUCUCGUUUGAGGAUCAACGGUGUGUCGUCCCACUGCACAGCUGUCACCGUUUUCUGGGUGGGAAAACAUGCUCAGUGAUCUGCCCACGAUCCACUGUCCCCAACCCCGUGUCCCCCGGCCGCUCCCAGGCCCUUCUAAGCCUGACUGCGGCUCCCAGCAUACAGGCCGCCCCGAGGAGGGCGCCAAGCGGGGAAAUCUACCCCCUCCCCUGACUUUGGAGAUGAAUAAAUGCAAUCUGGCUCCUCCA